AUGGAAAAUAAACCAAAAUCAAUGAAGAGGACACGAUGGAUGAAAGCAGCAUUCAUGAUCGGCUCUUCUAUUUUGCUAGAACUGGAAGCUUCGCUUGCCUUCUCGUCUUCUGUGUCAACCAAGAGUCACAGUGCAACACUUGAGAAUGGAUGUCGAGCCGUGCCUCAUGGGGAAGGAAGCUUGUGCGCUGUUGCCCCAGGAGAAUAUGCUGUCGGAGAAUCAUCUGAGUUGCACUCACUUCAGGUUUCCAAGCGCCUAGAUAUUCUAAAUUUGCAACAAAUUCCAACGUCCAUCGAGCGACGACCGGCGCUAGAAACACGAACUCGAAACGCUAGAAUUAUGCGCCCGAGCAGUCGCAAUAGCAGUCCAAAGAUCGACAAGAGACUAAGUCCAAGAAACCGAGGAGCCUUGCUCACCAAAGACGAAGAAGGAGUGUUGACACGCAGCAUCGCAAGCCUUCGUCAAGCGAUUCGGAUUCGCGACGAGCUUGCCCUAAACUCCAACAUCAACUAUGCCGCUGAAUCGGACUGGGCCAGUGCGUGUGGAUUAUCGAUAAUUGAAUUGAGGAGAUUAAUGCGUGACGGCCAAGAGGCACGGUCGAGGUUGGUGUCAGCGAACGUAGGCCUCGUAACUGCCAUCGCGAAACGUCACCACAAAUCCUUGAAAUAUGCAACAGAAGCUGGAGGAGGCGUAGGAACAAUCUUGACUCUGCAAGAUAUGAUACAGGAAGGAAACCUUGGCUUGAUGCAGGCAGCAGAGCGCUUUGAGCCAGAACGUGGAAAUCGAUUCUCAACCUAUGCUACAUACUGGGUGAAGCAACGUAUUCUACGAUCCAUCUCAGAUUCUUCUCGUAUUAUCAGAUUGCCAGCACACGUUCAUGCUAUGCUACAGAAAGUGAACAAAUCUCGAAAAGACAUGAUUCACGAAAUUGGAAGACCACCAUCCGUACCAGAACUGGCCCACUACAUGGAGAUGAGCGUUGAGGAACUGGAAAAGCUGACAUCUCGAGCUCGCAAUGUGGUCUCGUUGGAGAACCGAAUUAGAAGCGGAGGUAGUCCCAAAGAAGACAAUCGCAAAAUUGUGGACUUCGUCGUUUCAGAUGCUCCAACGCCUGAAGAAGAUGCCGAAAGCCAACAUUUGAAGCAGGAUAUCCGGGCAGUCAUUGCUGAACUACAAGUUAAAGAAAGAGAAGUUCUCAUACUUCGUUUCGGAUUAGAUGAUGGUAAUCCAAUGAGCAUUAAUCAAAUAUCAAAACACUUGGGCAUCUCGAGUGACCGAGUGCGAAACAUCGAAGCGAGAGCGCUCAACAAACUGCGAAACCCGCAACGGAAUUACCGUUUGAAGGAAUACCUUUGUUCGCAAGAAGAAAAGGAGCAAAUCCCGGAGGAAACUUGCCUUACCCCCGAACGAAUGUGGUUUGUCUAA